UUUUAUUUAUUUCUUCAUAAACCAUUGCCCUCGUUUGAUAAUUGACAUCAUGCAAUAAUUCUAUAAUCACUUAACUGGGUGUAUCGGCUAUUGAAACAUCAGUUUGCACUGAUGGAAUAUGCUAAAUGUUUUUAUUGUAGUCCCAUAAACUGAAAAUUGUGUGUGCUGAGGAUUGAUUAGCGGCAGGAGAGGCGAGAGGUCUCUCGCGCUCGCUGAGCUGCGCAGCUCAGUCGCGCACUUGGAUUGCACAAUCAUUGCAGCUAACCCUUUGAAACAUGGAUUGUAUUGCUCAAUCAAAUAAUUGGGAAGUGUUAGUAUUUGCAACAAGUUUAUCAAGAUUACUAGUAACUAUGCAGCCUUUGUGAAUUGUAUUGCAUUCCGGUUUCAUCAUGACUUUAGCUUGUAAAAACUAAUGGCAAUCAUGGCUGUAAUUUGUAAAUAAAUGCUUUGCUCUCCUCAUGUUCCAUAAUUCCAUUUUAAAUUUAGGUUUGCUAUGUACUUCAAGUAAUGUCCAGGCAAUGACCAGAUGACGAGCACAGCCAGGAUUGCCAGAAAUCUUGCUGGGAGAUUCAAUGGACAUCGUUUCAAGCAGUGCUGCCUUCCGCUUCCCUGGUCCCUCAACCAACCGCAAACCUAUCGUCUUCAGACCGCUUCUGCUCCUAGGAUCACACCUGCUCUUAACCUACCAGUCAGUACCUGUUUUAGGUACUUCAGCAGUGCAAAGAUGAAGAUUGACUCGCCAGAGUUCAGGGGACUCUUCACGCCAGAAUUAAAGCAGCUGGCAGAGCUCUUUGAAAGAUAUCAAUAUGAACUCAGGAUAGCAGGUGGUGCCGUUAGAGAUCUUCUUACGAAAAAGCAGCCUCAAGAUGUGGACUUUGCCACCAUAGCCACACCCGACCAGAUGAAAGAAAUGUUCACGAAGGAGGGCAUCCGAAUGAUCAAUGCCAAGGGAGAGAAGCACGGCACCAUCACAGCCAGGAUCAACGAUAAGGAGAACUUUGAGAUCACAACCCUGAGGAUUGAUCGGGUGACCGAUGGCAGGCACGCCGAGGUUGAGUUCACCACAGACUGGAGGACUGAUGCAGAGAGGAGAGAUUUGACCAUCAAUUCCAUGUUUCUGGGUCUUGAUGGAACGUUGUAUGACUUCUUCAAUGGAAAAGAGGCUCUUGAGAGAUGUCAUAUAGCCUUUGUUGGGAAUGCUGCGACUCGGAUACAAGAAGAUUAUUUGAGAAUACUUCGAUAUUUCAGGUUCUAUGGGCGUAUUGCAAGGGAGAGCAACAAACACACUCCAGAAACUCUUCAAUCCAUACGGGAGAACGGUCAUGGACUGGCGGGGAUCUCAGGGGAGAGAAUAUGGAUGGAGGUGCGGAAGAUCUUGACUGGCAACUUUGCUGCUGAUCUCAUUCACUGCAUGUAUGACUUGGAUCUGGCUCGUCAUAUAGGUAUCCCACCAGAAGCAGACCUACAAGAACUGCACAAGGUAUAUCAGCGAAGCCAGUCACUGCACCCUCACCCUGUCACCAUUCUCUCGGCUCUCUUCAAGGAUGAGAAUGAUGUCCUCACCAUGGAGCAAAGGAUGAGGAUCUCGGCCGAGGAGCGCAAGACUGCCCUCUAUGUGAUUGCAGAGAGAGGGGACAAACCCCACAAGAACCCACUCAAGCCUUACCAAGAUAUUGUUGUUUGUAGCAAAGAGAAGAACAUCAUCAAGUACGUGAGUGAAGUGUUGAAGUACCGAGGCGAGAGUCAGAUGCUGGUGGACUUCAGAUCGUGGGACGUUGCCAAGUUUCCGCUGUCUGGCAAAGAUCUUCUGGCUGCCGGGGUUCCAAAGGGAAGAGGCUUAGGGGGUGUGAUGGAGACGGUUAGACAGUGGUGGAUGGAUAGCGACUUCAAGGCCACGAAAGAAGAGCUUCUAGAAAGAUUGCAGGAGACGAUGCAAGAGCAAGGAAAAGGAGACUCAUGACCAAAGUGGAAAGAGACUUAGAGUUAGGAAGAUGAAGACAUUUAUUUCAUUUGAAGCAUUCACUCAUGGCAUCUGCUGAGA